ACCGUCGCGCCCGCUCUGAGGGAAGUCUACUCUAGUUUCAGAGCUCAGUAAAACAGCUUUAUUGAAUGCAAAACCUGCCAUGGCUGAAUCGACUGUGUGCCCUCCUUUUAGACUCGUCGAGUCUCGGUUUGAUCAGGGUUCAUUUUUUGGCAGAUUAAUGCACUUCUUGAAUGUGAUCGACCCGCGAACGCUCUUUGUUUCAGAGAAACGUUUAAAUGAAUGUUUGAAACUUCUGGAUCAAUUCAAAAAUGGAAGUCUGCCUCCAGGUGUGACUAAUGUACAGCUUUGGGAAGCACAGAAGAUUAAACAGGCCAUCAUCCAUCCAGACACAGGAGAGAAGAUCCCCAUGCCCUUUCGCAUGUCAGGUUUUGUGCCCUUUGGUACUCCAGUGGUUGUGGGACUUCUUUUACCCAAUCAGACAUUUGCUUCCACCAUCUUCUGGCAGUGGCUGAACCAGAGUCACAACGCCUGUGUCAACUACUGCAACCGUAAUGCAACUAAGCCCACACCAAUGUCUACAUUUUUCCAGGGUUAUCUUGGUGCAGUCAGCAGUGCAGUUACUAUUGCAGUGGGGCUGAAUAUUCUUAUUAAGAAAGCUGAGCAUUUCAGUCCGGCGACAAGAAUCCUGGUGCAGAGGUUCAUCCCGUUCCCUGCCGUUGCAAGUGCCAAUGUGUGUAACGUUCUGCUGAUGCGUCACACCGAGCUAUCAGAAGGCAUCAGUGUACUGGACGACAAAGGCAAUGUGGUGGGCACCUCAAAGCUGGCUGCAAGACAUGCUUUGAUGGAGACAUCCCUGACACGUGUCGUGCUGCCCAUGCCUGUUCUCCUGCUGCCGCCUUUAGUAAUGGCCAUACUGGAGAGGCUCCCUCCACUGCAGAAGCACCCUCGUCUUGCGCUGCCCGUUCAUAGCGUUGUGUGUCUCUCUGCAUUCGGCCUGGCGCUGCCUGUUGCCAUCAGCCUGUUUCCCCAAAACAGUCAGAUCCAUCGCUACAGUGAGGGAGUGGACCUGUGUGUUUUUCUACCUGGUUGUCACGGGAACAGAUCACAGUGGGCAGUAGUGAGGAGAGACAUGACAUGAAGCCGCAUGUAGAAUCAUUAACCAUGCUAGACUGCCAUACACAGAAACAGUUGCACAACAUGCACCAGACCGGAUUAAUGAAGGUAACAUUGGUGCUUUUUCUUACCCUUUUGUUUCAUAAUUAAGAUAAAAAUGGUUUUGUUGGGUUUUGCCUAAUUCAAAUUGGAUUUCAUGUGAGCACAACAGUGCCUUGUAAAGACAAAACAUCUUGUCAAAAAUCGAGUUAUGACUGAAUCAGGUCUAUGAGAAUGUAAUUUGUCCUGUGACGGACAGGUCUGGCUAAUCUAUUCUCAUCUGAAAAAAACAACAAUAAAAUGAUUAUCUAGAUAUUUCAUAAAAAAGGCUACUUUUCAUAAAAUACCAUUUUCGUUGUUCCAGUGUUGGUGUAGUAUAUGCACCCUCUGUGUAAAUGUCACUCUCAGCAGCGUGCAGUGUCAGGAUGUUGUUACCAGUAUAUUACUCCAAAGGUAUUACUUAUAGCAAAGAACUUUCAGGAACAAGAACUUCCUGGUGAGUAAAUUAGGCCUUGAAUCAUGUUCAGUCUCUUGUAUGUUAUUUGACUGAUUUGGCCAUCUGAGACUUACUCGUAUUACUAUGGAGGGUGUGCAUGAGCUGCAGUUCACUUAACGACCACCAGUGUCGCUAAUAAAAAGGCUUUCUGAAUUCUACACGUCCCUUUAAAUAAAAAAAAAAAAAAAUUGUUCAUGGUGAAUCACAAAUAGCUUUUCCACAAGUU